CGUACUUGGGUCAAAAGAGGAACUGUCCCUCCAAAAGUGGGACACUUGGGAGGCAUGAUCAGUGCUAUACCCUUCACCAGUCACCCCUACUGCUACACCAAAGCUCAGUCUAUUAUUCAAGACCUUGUGGAGGUAUGGGCCUAUCUGUACUGCUGUGCCAUAACAUCAUGAAAGCAUGGGUCACGUCAAGAAUCGCCAACGAUCUGGUUAAAAAGUCACUCGACAAAUUCCCUGCUCCACCUACUUUAUAAUCUUCUUUUGAAGAUUCCUCAAACAUCUCCCAGAGUGUAGGAAGCCUUAACGUGUCUUUGCCAUGAAUUUCUUAUCUUCAGUCCAUCGCUUGUACAUGACGGAACCUUAUUUUCCUGACGGAGAAGAAGUUCGGGAGGAGGACAGACCUUUGACUCUCCAGGGCCACAACCAGAAAAAAUUGAAAGCCAUGUCGGGUGAAGACAGUGGUAAGGACAACCCUACAAAUGAGUGUCCUGUAUGUUACGAGCGUCUACAGAAUCCGAACAUCUCUGAGCGGAGGUUGAGCUGUGGUCAUUCCUUCUGUCAUGAUUGCCUGGUAAAGUAUCUCAUGACGGCCAAGAAAGAGGGUUCCAUAAAGAAGAAUAUCAUAUGUCCACUGUGCCGCUAUGUGACAUUCCUCAGCAAGAGGGGACUUAUUUUGCCGCCAAAUGCUGGAGAACUCAAUCAGAUUCUAGAGGUUCCUCACAGUCCUUCCUGUCUAACCCAUUCCACUGUAGUAGGGAACCCCAACACCUUGGUCAUACCCAUUCCUGAGACAAGCGGGUCACAUAGUCCACAAGACCUUUGCAGGUGCACAUGUUCUGUUGAUACUAGCCCAGAUCUAAUAGGUAAUUCGUGUAGCUCUCAAGUCUUCAUCAUCAGUGAUCAAGGACAACCAAUGGAAUGCAGCGAUGAAGUGGUGACCAGUAACGAAACGCAUCACAUAGAUGCCAGGGCGAACUGUUGCCGCUCUCCAUCUUUAAUAAUGAUAUUGUUAUUGAUAUUUCUUGUGGCUGUCUUGGCAGCAGUUCUUCCAUGGAUAUUGUUGGUCAAAAAAACAUGAAGAGAAGUUUGCCUUCCUUCAAAGGUUUUGGGCCAGGAGAAAACAUCUAAUUUGAGAUGACCAUCACAGCAAGAAGUCUUGUCCUGCCUCAUCCAGAGAUUGCAGGAGAUGCAUGUCAGAGUAUGUUGAAUAAACCUAGACUGGAAUUUGCCAUUUGCAAAGAUGGUGAGUGGAUACAACAAGUCUGUGUUGGGCUAUAAGACGGUUCACUAAACAAUGGCACCUUCUGGGUUCAGUUUUUAGUCAAAAGAAGAUCCUUCUAAGCCUUGAAACAGGUCAACGAUGGCAGGUCUGUUCUAUUAGAUAGCUUACCACUGACCUAUUUUUGUUUGCUUGAGACUGCACGAUUUGCACCAAUAACGAAGGCCUUUCAAAUGUGGAUUAUUUAAACAUGUAUGUAAAAAUAUGGAGAGGGGCUACGGUAUCUCGCAUAUCUAUACAAGUAGAAUUUAAAUUUUUGAAAAUAUUUUCUUCAUAAUGGUAGGUUUGCGUAAAAGACUCUGGGACUCUUGAAACUAUGCUGUAAAAAUGAACCAUUCUUUCAUAAACAUUGCCACACCUGUUCAUAGGAUGUGUGUGCAACUCAGCCCUAUUCAAAAAAUGGAACCCAAGCACAGGUGUGGCCUUUUAAGAUUCAUAAGACCUUAAGGUCAACAGAGAAUCCUGCUUCUUAAGAGUCGUGUAUUGACACCUCAACCUCUUCCAUGGAUGACUAAGAGCGGCCAGUGUACAUGCAUAUUAAUAUAUGUGGCAUUCUAUUUGUCCCCUUCCUAUUUCUCCAUUCUGUACUCCUGGGUGCAUCAUGCAGUAGAAAACUGGCUCUUAGUCCUGAAUAUAGUCCAUAUAUAAAUACCACAUUGUGUGCAAAUGUGGCGAGCUUGUCUGGACUUGAUUUACAAGAUGGGUAUAACUCAGAAAGGGUGGUGCCACCUUUUCUGUGGCCAAAGUGGUGAGUGAUGUGAUUUUAUACUGUCAAGAAGGGAAUCCAGAAAUUAUGGGGUAAUUACAGAGUUGUGUCAGCUUUAAUAUGUGGUCACUGAACCUGGUUUGGAACCUUAUAAAGAUCGAGGUAUCUGCCGGUACCGAAGCCGACUUUGGAUUCCUGUUUUAAAAUGUUUUUAAAGUUGUACAAUUGAGGCCUGAAGUUAUUCACCAAAGUCUCGCACGACUUCGGACUUAACGAAGUUUGUCUUGCCAAAGCCAAUACAUUUUAAUGCUGUACAGAGGCAGGUCUCCGUACACCAUUAAAACAACCUUUUUGAACAAAUUGGCUUUGGAUCUUGGAUCUGAAGCUUGAUUCGCUCAACAGUACUGGUAAUAUUUGCAUAUAGCUGUACAGUGGGCCCCCAGAAUGAAUUUUACUGCUGGGCCCUAGGCACCCCUGUCUGAUUAUGAUCUAUGUUAUGGCUCUGGGAGAGCACGGAGUAAAAAAUGAAAAUGCAAAAACAGAAAAACGCCAUGUCCUCGAACCGUUAAAGGAUAUUUUUACUGAUGAUCUGUGCUCAGGAUAGGUCAUCAGUAUCUGAUCAGUGGGGGUCCCCCACCGAUCAGCUGUUUGAGGAGGCACCACUGCCUACAGCAGCACUGCAGCCUUCUUGCAGCUUAAUCAGGGGUGGCCAACCUUACAGACGCAUAGAGCCAAAAAAACAAUGACUACCAGGAGCCACAAGCUAUACAUUUACACACGAGUCACCGUAUUUUUCGCCCUACAA